UGGAAGCAAAUUCUUUACAUCCUCAUUUCCUUUCAAUUUAUUUGAGAUACGUGAAAAUUGUUCAUAACAUACUACCAUAUGUUCUAUACAGUGUUACAGUUUUUUUUAUAAAUAGCAAACUCAUUCAAAAAGAUACAAUAUAAACAGUUAACAAAAUUAUUCUUUGGACUAAUAUUUGAGAGAACAAUUUUUUUUUUUGAAAAAAUGGUGCUGGCAUUUGUCAACUCAAUAUCACAUCCAAGGAAAUUGCUUUCAGCUGCGUUUGCUGCUCGAACAAAUAUUUGUCGCUUAACAAAUAUUCGUCAAGCCAGCACCAGUGGAAUCCGGAUUCCAGGAGUUAUCGAAAAACGUAAUGUUCAAUUGGGAGAGCAGCAGCAAAACACUUUUUCAGAUCGUAGUCAAUUGAAAUAUGCUCGACGCUUAGUUGUAAAACUUGGAAGUGCAGUCAUAACACGUGAGGAUAACAAUGGAUUGGCGUUGGGACGACUCGCAUCAAUUGUUGAACAGGUUGCCGAGUGCCAUUUAGAGGGCAGAGAGUGUAUAAUGGUCACCAGCGGUGCGGUCGCAUUUGGGAAGCAAAAGCUCACUCAAGAAUUGCUGAUGUCUUUAUCGAUGCGAGAAACCCUUUCUCCGAAAGAUCACACCCGUGAGGAUGCAUACACAUUGCUUGAGCCUCGUGCCGCCGCUGCUGUUGGCCAAUCCGGUCUGAUGUCAUUGUAUGAUGCUAUGUUUGCUCAAUAUGGUGUUAAAAUUGCUCAGGUUCUUGUGACGAAACCCGACUUCUACAAUGAAAACACUCGGAAAAACUUAUUCUGUACGCUGUCUGAAUUGAUUAGCUUAAAUAUUGUGCCAAUUAUAAAUACAAAUGAUGCUGUGUCACCGCCUAUGUUUGUGGAGCAUGAUGAUGUGGCACCUGGUGCAAAAGGCGCUAAAAAGCUCCUGAGGUCUGAGGGAAUUCAAAUAAGAGAUAAUGACAGUUUAUCAGCAUUGUUGGCGGCAAAUAUUCAAGCCGAUCUAUUGAUUUUGAUGUCGGAUGUUGAUGGUAUUUACAACAAGCCACCAUGGGAAGAUGGAGCACGCCUUAUGCACACCUACACAUCAAGUGAUCGUGAUAACAUCGAAUUCGGCAAAAAGUCCAAAGUCGGUACCGGAGGAAUGGAUUCAAAGGUGAAUGCUGCAACAUGGGCGUUAGAUAGAGGUGUGAGCGUUGUCAUUUGCAACGGAACACAAGAUAAAGCGAUUAAAACAAUUAUUGCUGGACGUAAAGUUGGUACCUUUUUCACUGAUACCAGCUCAAGCGGCGGUCCACAACCAGUUGACAUGCUAGCUGAAAACGCACGCAGCGGAAGCCGAACUUUGCAAUCGUUAACACCAGAAGAACGUGCAGCAAGUGUGAACACAUUGGCCGAUUUACUCAUAACAAAACAGUCUCAAAUUCUCGAGGCAAAUGCCAAAGAUUUAGAAGAAGGUGCCAAGUCAGGUCUCGCCAAACCAUUGUUAUCUCGUCUUUCACUCACACCAGCGAAAUUGAAAAGCUUAUCAACCGGAUUGAAGCAAAUAGCUGACUCCAGUUUGCAGAAUGUUGGCCGUGUAAUACGUCAUACAAAACUUGCGGACGGUUUGGAUUUGAAACAGAUAACUGUACCAAUUGGUGUUUUACUGGUUAUAUUUGAAUCACGUCCCGAUUCACUUCCUCAAGUGGCUGCAUUGGCCAUGGCAUCUGCAAAUGGUCUUCUUCUUAAGGGUGGCAAAGAAGCGGCUCAUAGUAAUCGAAUGCUUAUUGAACUGGUGAAAGAGGCACUGGCUACAGUUGGUGCAGAGAAUGCUAUUUCAUUAGUUUCAACCCGCGAGGAAAUUGGUGAUUUACUCAGUAUGGACAAACAUAUCGAUCUCAUUAUUCCACGGGGCUCUUCGGAAUUGGUUCGUUCCAUACAAAUGCAAUCUCAACAUAUUCCGGUUUUGGGACAUGCUGAGGGUAUUUGUCAUGUCUACGUCGACAAAGAAGCUGAUUUACAAAAAGCAUUGAAAAUAAUUCGAGAUGCGAAAUGUGAUUAUCCAGCGGCAUGUAACGCAAUGGAAACUUUGUUAAUUCAUGAAGACCUCAUGAAUGGUUCAUUCUUUGCUGAUAUUUGCAAUAUGUUCAAACGCGAGGGCGUCAAAUUGAAUUCGGGACCGAAAUUAAGUCAAUUGCUUACAUUCGGACCACCGAUUGCAAAAUCGAUGCGUCAAGAAUACGGAGCGUUGGAGGCAACUAUUGAAGUGGUGAAAGGGCUUGAUGAAGCUAUUGAUCACAUCCAUGAAUUUGGAAGCAGCCAUACAGAUGUGAUUGUUACGGAGAAUGAAUGGACAGCAAAACAUUUCCAAAAGCAAGUGGACAGCGCCUGUGUAUUCCACAAUGCAAGUUCACGUUUUGCUGACGGCUUCCGCUUUGGUCUGGGCGCUGAAGUAGGCAUUUCAACAGCUCGAAUCCAUGCAAGAGGACCGGUUGGCGUGGAGGGGCUUCUUACGACAAAAUGGAUUUUAUCUGGCCAAGAUCAUACAGCAGCCGAUUUUGCCGAAGGUGGACGCCAAUGGAUCCAUCAAAGUUUACCAUUGGAUCAAAAUUAACUCUGUUUAAAGACCUUAUUCAAUACCAAAAACUAUAUUUUAAGUGUAAAAACGAUAAUUGUUUCCCCCACCCCCCUUUUUUCAUCUCUUAUUUCACUGUUUGUUUUUCUUUUCUUGAUCAAAAAAUUGUGUUUUAUUGUGAUUUAUGUUGAGUUGUAUGAAUAAAAAAAAUUAUUAUUUUAAAAAAAUCAUCAAUUGAUCAGAAAACCAAAUGUGUCACAAAAUUGUAGUAGUAUAGAUCAUUUUAAUUUAUAAAACUGUGCUCAAUUUCACAACAACGCCGUAACAUGACAUGAAAAUCGAUUAUAAUCAUAUCAAAUCACAUUGAAUAAAAUCUAAUCUGUCAAUUGCAUGAACUUCUAGCAAA